CUCCCAAGUGUUUUCCCUCUGCCUCGGCAACAAACUUGGCAUGUCACAGUUACGCCGUUCCGUUAACGUCAUCAACCCUCUUAUACGUACAGCCCUCGUUCCGGGCUGUCGAAGUAAUACCGUCAAGAAUGCCAUUGCAGGUUGUAAUCGACCACAAACACGAUCUUUCAUAGCGACCAGAAUCAACCUGCAACAAUCGCGCGAAAGUAACAAAGAAGAGCAAACGUUGAUAUACAGUGCUCCCAACGCACCAACUGUUAAACUCUUGAAAAUGUUUUCUGUAACUUCUCUCGGGGUCGCAUCAGUAUCAGCACCAGCAGUACUUUACUUUUGGGAAACGCCAGCCAUUCAAGCCGCCGAUAUCAAUGGAUACAUGUUCAUUGGAGCAUCAACGAUACAAUACAUCUUUUCCAUUUUUGCUUCUACAGCUUUGGUUGCCAGCGCAUGUUCAACUGGAGUACUACACAAGUUCCUUUCACCAUAUGUAAACAAUGUCAUUCUACAUCAAAAUCCAUCCAAAUCCAUCCAGUCAAUAUCACCAAAUACACAAAUCACUUUGGAGACAUUAGACCUUUUAGCGAGGAAAAAGCAGACCACACUUAAACUGCGUGAUUUAGUUCCCGCAAAAGGCUCUUGGUUGACUUGGAAUAUCAAAAAGGAUGUUGUGCAAAGACGAGAACAACUUGGCAAAGACGAAUUUCCUCAAACGCGAUUUUGGUUAGACCAACGUGGCGGGCUCGGAGACCUAGAGACGAUGUCAAAGAUUGUCAAGGUUGUCGACGAAGAAUUCAAGCGAGGGAGAACGCUCUAGAUAGACCAAAUUUCUUAUUUAUGUGUAUCUCUGUCCAUUUAAAGGAAGUAAUACAUUGCAAUAUAUUACAAGACCGUUCGAGAUAUGAUAAUGUGUUAUGGGUCAUUCUUUGCAUACCCUACAAAUAACUAUAAGAAUACCUCGAAUAAGCAUACUUUCUUGAAGCAAAUACUUCAUUGUACUGGAAGUCAAAUAAAAGUGUACUUUGGUCCUUGAAGAAUUGUCCAAACA